AUGGCUACUGAAGAACAUCCUCGAUUAUUACCAGAGUAUCCAGAGAUGUCACAAAACCCAGAUGCACCACCUAAAAAGAUGAUAUUUGCAGCAAUUACAGCUUUAGAUAAAGCAGCAGGUUCAAACAAAACAAGUAUUUCAAACUACUUAAAAUCAACAUAUGGAGAUCUACUACCAGCAGAGCAUAAAGAUCUAUUAACUCAACAACUGAACAAACUUAAAAAGUGUGGGGAGCUAGUUUUUGUGAAGAAUAACUACAUGCUUCCAACAAACCCAAAUGCACCACCUAAAAGAGGUAUGGGUAGACCACCAAAGAAGAAGGGAGGUCCAGGUAGACCUAAAACCGAAUACUGGUUCUAA